CUCGCCGCCUGGGAGCGGGUCGGGGGGAGGCGAGCGGGACGGACGGACAGGUCCGGGCUGCACCUCAGGACAGCGCGAAGAAGGGAGCGGGCAGAGAGCGGGGAGGAGAAGGCAGCCACUUCGGCGGCGCAUCCCAGGAAGAGUGCGACCCUCCCCGCCACCCUCCUUCUCCCGCCGUCAGCAGCUCGUCCCACGGAGAGUGGAGCCGCUGGUGCCGCCCCGGCUGGGACCCGCCGGCUGACACCUCCGGGACGCCGGGCUGCGGGGACGGAGCUGGAGCUGCUCGCCUGGAGCAAAGGAGGAGGAAGGACUGCUUGCCUGUGGGGAGAGGUGGGCGCUGAGCGCCCGUCCUGGCGGCCCGGGAGCCACACGGGGAAGAAAUAGAAACAGCAGGAAAUUAGAUAAAUGGAUUGAAAGGUUGCAUAGUUUCCCUGCAGUUUCUCUAAGUGGUUAUGUCUUCUACUGAAAAAAAAGAAAAGAAGCUAGCUUCACACAAAAAGACAGGGUAGUGAUUCAUGACAUAUUCUUUAGACUCCUACUGCAAAGGUGUCUUGUGACGACCCUUGAUCAACAAGGCUGCAAGUCAUGUAGAAGCCGCAGUAACUGCAGAGUCUCUGAUGGAUAAUUGGAUUGGGAGUAAUAUGUGGGAGGCUGUGGACUAUUUGCUUCCGACAUAGGAACAGCACUGGAUUGGGAAUCUGCACUCCUGAGAGAAUGCUGGGAAUCUGCAGAGGGCGACGGAAAUUCCUGGCUGCCUCUCUGACCAUCCUUUUUGUCCCUGCCAUUACGUGGAUUUAUCUGUUUGCUGGGAGUUUUGAAGAUGGGAAGCCAGUGUCACUGUCUCCACUUGAAUCCCAGCCCCACAGUCCUCGGUACACGGCGUCAAGCCAGCGGGAGCGCGAGAGCUUGGAAGUCCGCAUGCGGGAGGUGGAGGAGGAGAACCGCGUGCUUCGCAAGCAGCUCAGCCUGGCACAGAGUCGCAGCCCCUCACACCACCGCGGCAAUCACUCCAAAACCUACUCCAUGGAAGAGGGGACAGGCGACAGCGAGAGCCUGCGGGCUGGCAUUGUGGCAGGGAACAGCUCUGAAUGUGGGCAGCAACCAGCAGUGGAAAAAUGUGAGACUAUCCAUGUUGCCAUUGUUUGUGCAGGGUACAAUGCCAGUCGGGACGUUGUCACGCUUGUCAAGUCUGUCUUAUUUCACAGGCGAAACCCACUCCACUUCCACCUCAUCGCAGAUGCAAUUGCGAAACAGAUCCUGGCGACUCUGUUCCAGACAUGGAUGGUCCCUGCUGUGCGCAUAGACUUCUAUGAUGCAGAUGAACUCAAGUCGGAAGUGUCUUGGAUCCCCAACAAACACUACUCUGGGAUUUACGGGCUGAUGAAGUUGGUUCUGACUAAGACUCUACCUUCCAAUCUUGAGCGAGUCAUUGUCCUCGACACAGAUAUAACAUUUGCCACUGACAUUGCUGAGCUAUGGGCCGUCUUUCACAAAUUCAAAGGGCAGCAGGUUCUUGGCUUGGUGGAGAACCAGAGUGAUUGGUAUUUGGGCAACCUUUGGAAGAAUCAUCGACCCUGGCCAGCGCUUGGGAGGGGCUACAACACAGGGGUUAUCUUGCUGCUUCUCGAUAAAUUACGGAAGAUGAAAUGGGAGCAGAUGUGGAGACUGACAGCAGAGCGGGAGUUAAUGAGCAUGCUAUCCACUUCACUGGCUGACCAGGAUAUCUUCAAUGCAGUCAUCAAACAAAAUCCCUUCCUUGUCUACCAGCUCCCAUGUUUCUGGAAUGUACAGCUGUCUGAUCACACCCGUUCCGAGCAGUGCUACAGAGAUGUGUCUGACCUGAAGGUGAUUCACUGGAACUCACCAAAGAAGCUGCGAGUGAAAAACAAGCAUGUGGAGUUCUUCCGUAACCUCUACCUGACAUUUCUGGAAUAUGAUGGGAAUUUGCUGAGACGGGAACUCUUUGGCUGCCCCAGUGAGGCAGAUGUUAACAGUGAAAAUCUCCAGAAACAGCUGUCUGAGCUGGAUGAGGAUGACUUAUGCUAUGAAUUUCGUCGUGAACGUUUCACCGUCCAUCGCACUCAUUUGUAUUUUCUGCACUAUGAAUAUGAGCCUGCUUCAGACAAUACUGAUGUAACACUGGUGGCUCAACUUUCAAUGGACAGGCUCCAGAUGCUUGAAGCCAUCUGCAAACACUGGGAAGGUCCAAUCAGCCUGGCACUCUAUCUUUCUGAUGCAGAAGCCCAGCAAUUUCUGCGCUACGCCCAGGGCUCAGAAGUACUUAUGAGCCGCCACAAUGUUGGCUAUCAUAUCGUGUACAAGGAGGGCCAGUUCUAUCCUGUGAAUCUGCUAAGGAAUGUGGCCAUGAAGCAUAUCAGCACACCAUACAUGUUUCUGUCUGACAUCGACUUCUUGCCCAUGUAUGGACUCUACGAGUACCUCAGGAAGUCCGUCAUCCAGCUCGACCUGGCUAACACCAAGAAAGCUCUGAUCGUACCUGCUUUUGAGACCCUACGCUACCGCCUCUCCUUCCCCAAGUCAAAAGCAGAGCUGCUCUCUAUGUUGGACAUGGGAACCCUCUUCACUUUCAGGUAUCACGUCUGGACGAAAGGGCAUGCGCCAACGAACUUUGCCAAGUGGCGAACAGCCACCACCCCCUACCGUGUCGAGUGGGAAGCAGACUUUGAGCCAUACGUUGUUGUGAGGAAGGACUGCCCAGAGUAUGACAGGCGGUUUGUUGGAUUUGGCUGGAACAAAGUAGCUCACAUCAUGGAACUGGAUGCACAGGAGUACGAGUUCACGGUGCUGCCCAAUGCCUACAUGAUCCACAUGCCGCACGCCCCCAGCUUCGACAUCACCAAGUUUCGCUCCAACAAGCAAUACCGCAUCUGUCUCAAGACCCUGAAGGAGGAGUUCCAGCAGGAUAUGUCACGCCACUACGGCUUUGCAGCCCUCAAAUAUCUCACGGCAGAGAGCAACAGCUAGCACAUCAGAGCCCGUGUGAGGGAAAUAGGGACACCGGAGGGAGGAGCCGCUCAACGUUUGGGGUCUUCAAACUUCGAACUCAGAAAUACUUUCUGGUUUUAUAUCAUACUUGGCAGUUCUAACAGUAGAAAUUUGAAGUGAGAUGUCUUCGAACUAUGCUCAUUUGUCUCUUCCCCGACUACCCCAGGCCUUUCAGCUUUAGCGUUCAUGAGGUGUCAGCAAGAGGAGCCGGCCACGUGCCCGCCAUGCCGACGGAGCUGGGGACUGGGCUGGGGCUGGGAAAGCACUCUUGCUCUGUUAACUGCAGAGCAAAGACAGACCUUCAGAAUAUAGGAUUUCAUGUUGCUAUUUAAUAAUUUGACAUGCUUUUUAUCUGUAAAGGAAGAUCUUCGGGUCGCUGUCCUGUGAAUUUCAAAUCUGCACUACUCUAAAAGGGAACUCUCACCUGUGAACUUUCACAGGGGCCCUGUUACCAUGGAUGACCUUGUUAAUGCAGGAUGAGCCAAAGGUCUGAAUUAGCCUUGAAAACAAAGGGGACGCUUAUAUAGUACUGCACUCCAGAGAAGGUGUGUUAACUGGCUUAGGUGUAUACAUGAUACCGGUUGGUCUUUUACUCUCAAAUUAGUUGUUUUAUCAGGAAAAUUCCCUAUACCCCACCCCGCCUUUUCCCCAGUCCUAAAUGCUGCUCCUUUCCUUGCCAAGGAAAUGUCUCCCUUGUGUUUCUUUCCCAUCUUCAGUUCUGGUGGUCCAGUAAAGAAGACAAGUAGGCUCUGCCAGAACAUGAACAGAACUUGUCAGUGUAAGGUUUGUUUUCACCAGAGCAACUUGUUCGUGUGUGUCUCGUAAAAUAAAGGGCCUGGCUGAAACUCUUUAUCCUUUUUUAGGCAAGAAUUGGAUUUUGCCUAUGAGGCACAUUGUGCCGGGGGGGAUAUUGAUUUGUAGGCUUAUUUCAGUGCAUGCCCAUCUGUGAAGGCACUGGGCCUUGGGCUUUAAGUGGACUUCUCUGAUGAACAGGGAAUAUAAACACAGCAACUAGCAGCCUUGGUGCUCUCCUGCUGCCUGCUGCAAGGUCUCAGAACUACUUCGUUAAAGGAGUUUAUAAUUAAAAGGAGCAGAACUGUUAGGAAUAAACUCCCCAUUCGAGGGGGAGAAAAGAAUGUGUUGGGAAUCUGAGUGUGAGUGUUCACUUGAACGUGGGCUGGUCAAGCUCACAACUUUGGUACACAUAGGAAUAUGCUGGUGGGCGGAGAGGAAACCUAACAAGCAAAAUGCAGAAAACAAGACACUGGACUUUUUACCAUUUUCUUUAUUCUUCAGUAUUAAUGUUGUGUUUACAUGGGAUGCAGAGAUGAGGUUUAAUGCACUACCCCUUGCAGGGCUAUUUGUAAUUUCUGUUGCAAUGUUAAUAGAGAAAGCAGAAACAACUCAGUGAGAAAUGUGUCUGUCUCCUUACCCCAGAUCCCCAUACAACCACGGUACCAAUACCACUGCCUGAGUUGGGAAAUGGAUCCACAUUGUGUUCUGCUCAGUUUUUUUCCCCUUUUGUUUUUCAGCCACUGGGCCUUCUGCUUUCCUCCCCACCUCCUCUCUCUAGAGCUUGGUUUUAUUUCUAACCUGACAUUUCGUGAGAGCUUUCUGUUAUGGUGGAAACCACGUGGUUAAACCAGACAUUUAAACUACAAAUAUCAGUUCAUCAUGCUGUGUAUAUGUAAGAAAAGCCCAAAAAAAGGCAACUUCUUUGACAAGAAAUAAAAAGGGGCGGGAGGCUGUGUGUAAUUUUCACUUUUUCCCCUGGGAGUGUUGGCUGCAUAAGAAUACAUCACUGCAUAAUUUUCCAAAGUGCUUUUCUUCUGUUCUUAAUGGCUUUGUGAAAAGAUUUACAUAAAACACUGGGAAGAGCUGGGAAGAAGUGAAAUGAGUGCUCAGUCCUGGCUAAAAUAUAUUCUUUUAAAAACACCAAAAUCUUAACUACCUAAGUCCUGUAUUACUCACCAUUAAGGGUCAAGGUCACUGUGCAUGUUGAGAAUGAGAACCCUGUAGCACAGGGGCCUGUUCAUUAGCUAAUGUGCAGAAGGAUGUCAAAAGCUGAUCCUAAGAGAGCCUAACACCAGUUGUCCCUACAUAAAAUCUCCAAUCAGAGCUUCAGAAUGACCAUCAUUAUGUUUCACAUAUAUUAAAAACUUUCAUUUCCAGAUGUAUGAUUUUCCUUGGCUUGACAACGUUGCCGAAGGGUGGACUGGAUUGCCCUGCAGCAGCAUAACCUGUAGCAUGGGCCUGUAUGUUGUUUUGAUGUGCCAUUAUCAAUAUGAACAUUAUUUUCUACUCAGUGGUCAUGAGAUGAUGUAGAUGGGGGGAGCAGGGAGGUAAUCAUUUGCUAUUUGCCUGUCUGCAUAGCAAGUCAUGGAAUGUUCUGGGUAAGCUUAGGUGUGCUGGCUGGUGUAACCAGCUCAAGGAUUGAUAGUAAGUUCGAAGAGCCCCUUUUUUUUUACCUUUAUAGACACUGUACUGACUCGUAUCUGUCACGUCAUGUUUGUCUGUGUGCUUCAUAAUUAGGGAAGUGUGAGGCUUGGGUUUUCUUAACACAUUUCAGCCAUUUUACAUGAUAGCAAAUUAGAAUUACGUGUCUGUCUGUAACUGCCAGAGCUCCUCCAAUACCACGAAAAAAUCACCACCGACAACAACAGAAGCCCCCAACUCAGUUAUAACACUGUCUUCCAGUCCUCUGCUGUAGUAUUUGAUAGCAAAUUUGUGACUUAAUUAUCAGUUUUCUCCUGAAAUCUUCAAGAAAUAUCAGAUAAGCCUGGUAACUUAAUGCCUUUGAUUUAUUGACUUGUUCCACCAACUUCUCUCUUGAGUCUUCAAUCUCCUUAUCUUUAAUAUUUGGAAAGUAGGAGUCUUUCAUUUAGUUUUCACUCCAGCACCCUCCCUGGUGAAGACUGAUGCAAAUAAAUCGUUUAGAUUCUUGGCAAUGUC